GGGUCGUUCCUCUCAGCGAGUAGCAGCCUAGGCGGCGGUGGUGCAAAGUCAUCGUCCUAAGCACAGGAAACACGCCCGGAGAUCACACCUGCAUUCUCUCCACUGCGCUAACCCCUCGCCUCGUUCGUCAUGUCGGUCUCCAACUCGAAGGACGGCGAACCAGAGUGACUCCGGAUGUUGUGAGGAGGAUACGGGUCGAUUCAGACAGAAGGAUCAGCAUCAGAUGAGGCUGGACUACUGAUGGUUCGGAAGGUAAUCUCUAUCCCCGGGGCUGAGGGAGGGAGGAGGCUGCAGCGACAUGGCGGCUGUAGAUCAGAAGGCCUGAGCUGUCUCCUCUUCCCCUGCAAAGAAAAUGGCUAUCAUCAGACAAUUUGGAUUAUUGCUCUGGAAGAACUAUCUCCAGCAGAAGCGUCAGAUCCUGGUGACGCUGGUGGAGAUCCUCCUGCCGAUGCUGUUCGCGGGGAUCCUCAUCGCGCUGCGACAGAAGGUGCCCUUCAAGAACUACCCCAACGCCACCGUCUACGAGAGCUUCGCCGUCAACUUCCUGCCGCCGCAGCUGCUCUACCACCACUGGCAGCUGGCCUACGUCCCCGGGAACUCCAGCGUGGUGCGGCAGGUGGCGGAGGACGUGCAGCACAGCCUGGGGCCCGGGGCUAUCGGCUCUGUGCGCGGGUUUGAGACUGAGGACCUGUUGGAGGACUAUGUGAAGAAGGACCCGCUGUCGGGGAAGCUGCUGGCGGCCGUGGUGUUUGAGCACCCCUUCAGCCACGACGAAGAGCCCCUACCCCAGCAGGUGAGGUACCACCUGCGCUUCAGCUACAGCCCCAAGAACGCCCCCGCCAAGGAGAAGUCGGAACUGAACCCCAACAACGACCUGGACUGGCACACCUCCAGCCUGUUCCCCCUCUUCCAGCUGCCGGGCCCCCGGGAGCAGUACGACAAGAAUGGGGGCACGCCUGGGUACUUCCGGGAGGGCUUCCUGGCCGUGCAGCACGCGGUGGACCGGGCGAUCAUGCGCUCGUACAACCGGACGUCGGCGGCGGCGCUGCUGGCCCAGACCCGCGUGGUGAUGUCCCGGUUCCCCUACCCGGCCUUCAUCUACGACGUCUUCAUCCUGGCCAUCCAGAACCAGCUGCCCCUUCUGCUGGUGCUCAGCUUCACUUACACCUCGCUCAACAUCGUCCGCGCCGUGGUGCAGGAGAAAGAGCGCAAGCUCAAGGAGUACAUGCGUAUGAUGGGUCUCAGUAACUGGCUGCACUGGAGUGCCUGGUUCCUCAUGUUCUUCCUCUUCAUCUCCAUCUCGGUCUUCUUCGUCACCGUGCUCCUCUGCAUCCAGGUGAGCCCCAAGGGAGCAGUGCUGGCCUACAGCGACCCCAGCCUGGUGUUCGUCUUCCUCAUCGUCUUCGCCGUGGCGACCAUCAACUUCAGCUUCAUGAUCAGCUCCUUCUUCUCUCGAGCCAACGUGGCGGCGGCGGCGGGCGGCUUCAUCUACUUCCUGAGCUACCUGCCCUACCUGUUCCUGUGGCCGCGCUACGACAUGCUCAGCCACGCCCAGAAGGUGGCCGCCUGCCUCAUCUCCAACGUCGCCAUGUCGAUGGGGGCCCAGCUCAUCGGCAUGUUCGAGGGCAAAGGGACGGGGAUCCAGUGGUCGAACCUGUUCGAUGCGGUGACGGUGGACGACGACUUCUCUCUGGCCCAGGUGCUGCUGAUGCUGCUGCUGGACGCCGCUCUCUACGGCCUGGUGGCCUGGUACAUGGAGGCCGUGUUCCCCGGGGAGUACGGCGUCCCACGCCCCGCAUACUUCUUCGUGCUGCCGUCCUACUGGUGCAGCAGCCCCCGCAUGGCCCUGGUGAAGGAGAAGGAGGAGGAGGAGGACGCCGAGAAGGCCCUGAGGGGGGAGUUCAUCGAGGCAGAGCCGGCCGGGCUGGUCUCGGGGGUGAAGAUCAAACACCUGAACAAGGAGUUCACGCUGGGUAACAAGACGCGGCAGGCCGUGAGGGACCUGACCCUCAACAUGUUCGAGGGUCAGAUCACCGUGCUGCUGGGUCACAACGGGGCCGGGAAGACCACCACCCUGUCCAUGCUCACAGGUCUGUACCCCCCCACCAGUGGGAGGGCGUACAUCAACGGCUACGACAUCUGCCAGGACAUGGCCCUGAUCCGCCAGAGCCUGGGUCUGUGUCCGCAGCACGACGUGCUGUUUGACAACCUCACCGUCAGGGAACACCUGCUGUUCUACACACAGCUCAAAGGCUACCCCCGGGCCAAGAUCCCUGCGGAGGUGGACCGCAUGAUCCGCGUCCUGAACCUGGAGGACAAGACCAACGCCCGGUCCAAGACGCUGUCGGGGGGCAUGAGGCGGAAGCUGUCCAUCGGGAUCGCCCUGAUCGCGGACUCCAAGGUGGUGAUGCUGGACGAGCCCACGUCGGGCAUGGACCCGUCGGCGCGGCGGGCCACCUGGGACCUGCUGCAGGGGGAGAAGCGCGGCCGCAGCAUCCUGCUCACCACGCACUUCAUGGACGAGGCCGACCUGCUGGGCGACCGCAUCGCCAUCAUGGCGGGCGGCGAGCUGCAGUGCUGCGGCUCCCCGCUGUUCCUCAAGAACAAAUACGGCGCCGGGUACCACAUGGUGAUCGUGAAGGACCACCUGUGCAACGUGUCAGAGAUCACGCGGCUGGUGCACAUGUACGUCCCAGACGCCACCAUGGAGAGCAGCGCUGGCGCCGAGCUGUCCUACAUCCUGCCCAAGGAGAGCACCAGUCGGUGAGGACCAAGGGACGGGAUCUGGUGACGGUCGCGGCGGACGCACUCGCGCUGAAUCCUCUCGUCGUCUUCUAGUCAUUUUGACCAGUGAUAUCGGUAACGGAUGUUCUGGUGGAACCAUGAUGGAGGACGAUACUAGUGUACCUUCAC